AUGUUACUUGCGUGCGAAAUUCUCACUUUGGGCAAGGACGCAUCGUUGGGCAAGGACGCAUCGUGGAGAAGCAUUGAAGCUCCGCCCCAUAAGUUAUGCACACCAAGUGUUUGUGUUCAUGGCGCUCUGUUUUGGUUACAUCCGUCAAGCAAUGGGUAUUCCAUCAGUCUUUUCGAUGUCAAAGAGGAGAGCUUUCAAGUAAUUCUGCCACCAAGGACCUUGAAACGCUAUGAUUUACUACUACAAUUUGGAGGCCAUCUUGCUGUGGCUGGUUAUCAUUUUCGGCAGAGUUUAGACCUCUGGGUGUUGGAGAAUUAUGAAGGACAGUCACAGUCACAGUCAUGGACCAAACACCUCAUUGACCUUCCAUUUGAUUUGGCUGACAAGGGAUAUUGGUUUCCGGCUGGGAACCUCGUUACUGACUGGUGGAGUGAUUAA